CACACGAUAACAUUACACACCUACAGAUGCCCCAAACUCAGCUUUUUCACUGACAGCUGGGGGGCAGGGUGUGUGUGUAUAUCAGUGUGUGUGUGUUUCUGAGCGCUCGAGCGCAUCGUGUGUAAUCCUCUGAUGUCACGGUGCUGAAGGAGGGGCCGGAGCGCGCGCUGCCCUAAUCCGCGCUGAUAAGAGGGACACGGGGACGGGCAAAGAUGGUGAGCGCGAGCCGCCGAGUCCUGCAUCCAUCCGGGUCCUAAACAGCAGGCUGUGCAGCAGCAUCCAGGUCAUGCCCCCUCUGAUACAGCAACCAUGAGUCAGAGGGAGGAGCCAGAGGAGGCUGGACCUAGGGCGCCCCCAACUCAUCGCAGCCGGCAGCCUAAUGGGACACCUUUGGACGGAGGUGGUCGUCCCAGGUGGAGGCCAUGCCAGCUAAACAGCCAGGACGGUCAAGGAAACGGCCAUCAUCACCACCACCAUCACUACCACCAGCAGUCGCACCAGCAACAGUCUGGGCAGUCUGGGACUAGCCGGGGACCACCACGGCAUCGGAGGAGGCACGUCCCUGGUCAGGCACAAAGGAAGGUCAGUGAGGGUGGAGAUGCCGAGCCACGGCAAGGACAGCAGUCUCGUCCGGCAGUAUCCAGGUACCGGCGGAGUGGAGAGAGAGGUCACCAUCAGCCUAGAAGCAAGCAGCAACCUAGAGAGGCUUGUGGAGAUGCAGCUCCACAACAGCCACUGGGUGCUUCAGAGACAGGAGAUGUCCUCCAGGCAGGGGAAGCUCAAUCUCCUGAGGAAUCUUCACAGGAGCUGCUGACCCCUUCUUCACAGGAGUUGCUGACUCCGUCUUCACAGGAGCUGCUGACACCAUCUUCACAAGAGGAGCUAACUCCUUCCCAAGAGGAGCCAACUCCACCACCACAGGAGGAGCAAGUUGUUGAGGAACCGGAUGAAGCACUCCAAGGUCUGCAUUGUUCCUCCAGUACCGAGAGCAGCCUCCACACCCACUCCGAGCAGACCGAGGACCUCCAAGAAGAGAAGGACCAAAAAGAAUCAGGGGAAGCAAGUGAAGCAUGUGCAAAUGAACAAGACGUAGAGAGUGGUCAGGAAAAAGUGGAAGCGGAGGAGGUGAUUGAUUCUUGCCAAAAAGCUGAUCCCGAACACGAGUGUCAAGAAGAGAAGCUCUGCAGAGCAACCAGUGGUGGAUCCAAAGACUCCUUCCGCUCCCACAGCAGGAGGACCGGGCCCAUAAGAGUGGACGUGCCACCCUUUGCCGCGAUUCCUGUCAAGCCAUUAGCCAUGCCUCAUUUCCAGCCUCAGCCUUUCUCUGAAUCCCUCAGGAGUUACGCCACAGAGCCCAAAGCAGGUCCUGCCCACUUCAGCCCGACCACUUGCACUCCAAUCAGCACAGACGCAAGACCCGAACGUUGUCCUCGGGCUCGUUCCUACGAGGAACCUCUCUCGGACUCCAGUCCAGAGCCAUAUUCUGAUUCCUACUCCCGACUCAACUCUGAAUCCUACCCAAAACUCUACCAGAUGACUCCACCAGAGUCACACAGAGAGCUGUACCUCGCUGAAGACUAUCAGGAACGGUCUGAGGAACAGCAGGGCUUUCAGACUGUCCAGGAUCUGUCUAUUCUUGAGCCCAAACCCCAGAUCAGUCCACAAGAGGACCCCAGACAGAUGAUUUCAGUGGGGUCCAGGCUGCACCACUACGAUGAGCAGUCAGGGGACGAGGCCAGCAGCCCAGAUAGAGGGUCCAGGCGAGUCAGGAAGCACACACAAAGCUCCAACAGCAGCUUUGAAGAACUCCAGGAGCUUGAAAAGGAGCCAUUUGAGGUUGGUCAACCUUCGCCUGUUAUGGACGAAAAUGAGCCAUUAGAGGACAGGCCAUCUGCAGAGGCUCAAAGCCCAGUGCAGGGGUUCUCCAAGAUUUCUGGAGAUGCCAUUUCUUUGGCCAUAAAAGACAUCAAGGAGGCCAUUGAGGAGGUAAAGACCAAGACUGUGCGCUCUCCUUAUACACCUGACAAACCCAAAGAGCCAGUGUGGGUGAUGAGGAGAGAUGUUAGCCCGGCGGAGGAGUGCCACCCACAGCUCUAUUCUCCAGUUCACCCUCAGCUUCCUUCUCCACAGUACAAGGCUCCAGUCUCAGAUCCUGUAGCUCCUCUGGGAGCAGAAUCUUCCAGGACGCUCCAGAGCCGGGAUGCAGAUGUCAUACCCAGCUUACCUCCUGCUGAAGAGCUCAGAAGAAAUCUGGCUGCGUUCCCUACGUACGUUGAUGUUCCAGGUCCGUGUGAUCCAGAGGAUUUAAUUGAUGGCAUCAUAUUCGCUGCCAGUUACUUGGGCUCCACCCAGCUGCUGUCAGAGAGAACGCCCACCAAGAGCGCCCGCAUGCAGCAGGCCCAGGAGGCCAUGAACCGCGUCCGGGCAGCCCAGAAACAGGCCCAGAGCAGGCAGAAGCAGGGGGCUGAGGGUGAGGUUCCAUCUGCCAUCGAGGUGGACCUCUUCAUGUCCACUCAGAGGAUUAAAGUGCUUAACGCUGACACACAGGAGACCAUGAUGGACCAUCCUCUGAGGACCAUCUCGUACAUUGCGGACAUCGGGAACAUGGUGGUUCUGAUGGCCCGCAGGAAGAUGGUCCGGUCCCGCAGCGCUCAGGAACAGCUGGACACGGCGGACGUGCAUCACUCAAACCCAGCGCAGGACGAGCGGCGCCAAUACAGGAUGGUCUGCCACGUCUUCGAGUCGGAGGACGCUCAGUUGAUAGCUCAGUCUAUUGGUCAGGCCUUCAGUGUGGCGUAUCAGGAGUUCCUGAGGGCGAACGGGAUUGACCCUGAAGAUCUGAGUCAGAGGGAGUACAGUGACCUGCUGAACACUCAGGACAUGUACAACGAUGACCUCAUCCACUUCUCCAAGUCGGAGAACUGCAGAGACGUCUACAUAGAGAAGCAGAAGGGCGAGAUUCUGGGGGUGGUCAUCGUCGAGUCCGGCUGGGGGUCCAUCCUGCCCACCGUCAUCAUCGCCAGCCUCAUGCACGCCGGACCGGCCGCUAAAUCGGGGCGGCUCAACAUCGGAGAUCAGAUCAUGACGGUGAACGGCACCAGCCUGGUGGGCCUGCCGCUGUCCACCUGCCAGAGCAUCAUUAAAGGGCUGAAGUCUCAAUCCAGGAUAAAGAUGAACAUUGUCAGGUGUCCUCCGGUCACCAUGGUCCUCAUCCGCAGACCGGACCUCCGCUACCAGCUCGGCUUCAGUGUGCAAAACGGCAUUAUCUGCAGUCUGAUGAGGGGGGGUAUAGCUGAAAGGGGCGGAGUCAGAGUGGGUCAUCGCAUCAUUGAGAUCAACGGCCAGAGCGUGGUGGCCACGCCCCAUGAGAAGAUUGUUCAUAUUCUUUCAAAUGCAGUUGGAGAGAUCCACAUGAAGACCAUGCCUGCCGCCAUGUACCGCCUGCUGACUGCCCAGGAGCAGCCCGUCUACAUCUGAAGCACACGGAUCAGCACCGCUGCCAGGGCUACAUCUCACUCACCUGUGUUCAGUUCUAAAGUUGAAUAUUUCUGUGAUUGUUUACAUAUUUAUUACACUGGAUGUAAAUCUUGUUUCUCUCAGAGCAUUUUGACCUGCCUUAAUCUGUCUGGCUCCUGACUGACAGUUCAACAUGACCGUAGGGGUGGGGCCACACUGCAUGGCAUCUUAAACGUAUAACCCGUCAUCAGGUUCACUGAGUGUUGCGGUUUUUUCUGUCUAGAUUUCUUGGUUUAAAGCGAUGCUGGUGUUUUUUUUGUGAAAUUUGUGCUUUUAAAGUAAGACUGGUGCAUAAAAAUGACCUCUCUGUUAGUGUGAAGAAUUGGCCCAAGCUCAGCUGAUGUAUGGCAGCAUCGUCUGAAACAUAGGCCAGGCCAGAUACGGUUAAUACAUGGCAACAGUGUUGACACAAACCACUCGGGCCAAUUCCUAUAUUAUACUCUGCAACCCAGGUUUUGACACAUGUGGCUCGGGCUGUUUUCCAUAUGAUACUCUGCAAAUGAGGUGUUGGCACAUGUUACUGGGGCCGUUUACUAUAUUAUACUUGGCAACCGGGGUGUUGGCACAUGUUGCUGGGUCCAUUUUCCAUAUUAAACCAGUGUGCUGGCACAAGCAACUUGAGCCGACUCCCAUAUUAUACUCUGCAACUGGAGUGCUGGCACAAGCGACUUGGGCCAUUUCCCAUAUUAUACUCUGCAAAUGAGGUGUUGGUAAAUGUGGUUUAGGCCAUUGUCCAUAUUAUACUUGGUAACUGGGGUGUUGGAACAAGCAACUUGAGCAGAUUCCCACAUUAUACUCCGCAACUAAAGUGUUGGAACAGGUGACUCUGACUGAUUGCUAUAUUAUAUUCUGUAAAUGAGGUGUUGGUAAAUGUGGUUUAGGCCAUUGUCCAUAUUAUACUUGGUAACUGGGGUGAUGGCACAAGCAACUUGGGCCAUUUCCUAUACUAUACUCUGUAAAUGAGGUGUUGGCACAUGUUGCUGGGGGCGUUUACUAUAUUAUACUUGGCAACCGGGGUGUUGACGCAUGUUGCUGGGUUUAUUUUCCAUAUUAUACCAGGGUGCUGGCACAAGCAACUUGAGCAGACUCACAUAUUAUACUCUGCAACUGGAGUGCUGGCACAAGCGACUUGGGCUAUUUCCCAUAAUAUACUCUGCAAAUGAGGUGUUGGUAAAAGUGGUUUGGGCCGUUUCCCAUACUAUACUCAGUAACUGGGGUGUUGGCACGUGUGACUCGAGCUGUUUCCCAUAUUAUACUCAGUAACUGGGGUGUUGGCGCGUGUGACUCGAGCUGUUUCCCAUAUUAUACUCAGUAACUGGGGUGUUGGCGCGUGUGACUCGAGCUGUUUCCCAUAUUAUACUCAGUAACUGGGGUGUUGGCGCGUGUGACUCGAGCUGUUUCCCAUAUUAUACUCAGUAACUGGGGUGUUGGCGCGUGUGACUCGAGCUGUUUCCCAUAUUAUACUCAGUAACCGGGGUGUUGGCACUAGCAAGAGUACAGGCAUUCAGUUUGAGUUUGAGUAUAGUCUAUUAUAGCCUCUACAAGCACAAAACAUAUAUCCUAAGGCUUACUAUAGAAAAGAGACCACAAAAUACCUUCCAUGUUGUGACAUUUGCAAUCAGAGUCAGUGCAAUAGAGACAAGAAUUAUAACCAGACUCGCCCCUAUCUUCUAGCUCACGUUUUGUGUCUCAGACUGCCUUCAUUGAGUUUACAGUGCAGCCAAAAAGACUAGUGAGGUCAUUUAAUAGUGUAUUUCACUUUAAAAGCAGCAAUUUCACACACAAUGAAUUUUUUUUUUCUCACAAACAUUGCUUUUUCAAUCAAAAACAUUGAUUUUAUUGUUAUUAUUUUUUAGAACUUGUCUACAACAGAAAAGACAAGGUACAAAAUCACUAGUGUACGUCCAGCAUGAUGGUAUGUGCUCACCACAGAUUCCUCCACCUGGCACUGGCUAAAUGCGACGCGUUCACUUAUCCGAGUACCAAAGACUGAUAUAUGGUAAUAUAUAACAGUAUAUGAUCAGAACACUGGACCUACUAUUAAUAUGAAGAGACUAUUUAUCAUUCUAAUGCAGUAAAAAAGGCUACAAGAUACUAGAUAUGAUAUGUUAUGAGCACAGAUGUAAUUUAUUGAAGAGAGAGAUUGCUGUUAAAGAUGCUGUAUAUUCAUGAAAGUAAAGGAAAAAACAGAUUCAGA